AUGGCUUCUAACCAACCAACUCUUCUUGAGUACGCGAGAUUCUACAAUAUCGCAGAGGAGUCGACUCGAUAUUGUCCCGUCAAUUAUGUAGACGAGACAUGUGAGCCAACAACCCCCACUCCCCCUGUUGAGGGUCUCGACCCCGAAAAUCCAAAAGAACGCCUCAAGGAAGUCGAACGACGCUUCUGCAACGGGCUCAUUAUGGAAAGGCUCGCAAUUCAGCCUGAGGAUAUCGAGUUCCUGAGCGGAUGUCUCAAGAUCAAGCCCAUCGAAGGAAACAUCUGGCGAGGCAUCCUGCCUGAAGUGACAACCUCUGAUCUUAAAGGCGAGCCUUAUCUCCUCACAGCUGAGGAUGAGAGAUUGGUCAAUUCGUCUGAUUUCAACACCACCUUCCCUGAGAGUCCGGCUCUCUCUUCGCCUACCCCUUCGGUUCAUCUGGUUGUUCCUAGUGGCCCUGAUGUUCCUGUUGUCCCCAUCAACACCCGAGCUGUCUUUGAUCACUACAAUACGGGGAUGGUGUCCUGGCCAACCGGUUGGGACAGUUGUACUCUGUCUACCGAGAUGCCUGUCGUGUCCAGCAAUAUUGCUCCCACUCCCACAUCCCAUCUUACAGGAGACGUCUUGCCCCCAAUUGUGGAACCAUCUGGGACCGUGCAUCAGUUUGUCAGUAUUGAGUCUGACCCUGUUCUCUCUAUCAAAGAAGAGGAGAGUGAGGCUGACGAUGCAAGUGCGCCGAGCACUGAGUAUGCCACCGAAAGUGAAUUCAGUGCAUUUGUUUUUGAUAACACCACGCCCGCACCUCCAUUGUUCGAAGUCAGUCCAUCCAACAAAUCGCAACCCACCUUCUAUAUUGUUUCCCCCAAUCUGACCAAAGAAAAAGGUUUCCCCGUUGGCUGGAAUGACAGCCAGAAAGCGCAAGUACCCAGAGAUUUGAAGGAGGAAAACGGAACGAACGCUUUCUUGGAGUCUGCGGUGGAUACAGGCAUACAUUGUGAACAGAAAGGAAUUAUGGCCGCUUCUAUCAGUAGGAUUCAUGAUGACACACUUGUUGUGAGCAAGGGUACCUGUCCGAGUUCCUCGAUAACUCGGCCAGCGGACGAUCAAAAUACCACUCAGCUAGCACGGGCUUCGCAGAAUGCAAUCCAUAAGCAUGUUAAUCUCAAAACUUCAUACGAGCAACCCGCCAAUAUUAUGGGAACACAUGCUUCCUCAUCUGUGGACAAAAGAGACUUUUGCGUAGCUCAGCAGGAGCAGUUCCACAUGAAACUGGGCUACAAGUCACACUCCAUGGGAUUCAGAAAGGUCCCCUUCAAGCCUCCGCAUGAUGUUUCUUCCGUAGAUUAUAAAGAGACCCCCAAACCUUCCAAUGCCGUGUUUGGUGGCCUUGGAUCUUUGUCUGUAUUUAUGCAAACCAGGGGCAGUGACAGAGGAGAUGACACUUUGUCGCAUGAUCCAUCAUCUGUGUCGCUGUCAGGAUCCGCAAUAAGUGGACAAGGCGUAUUCUCAAAUGUCUCUUCACUCGCAGGUGACAGUCCCCCAGGCCCUAAUGGGACGGGUCCUCUUCGCAAACCGAGCCCUGAGGUGUCAUUGCAGCAAAUGGUAACCACCUCGGCAUUCCAUCCGCCACCGAUGUUAUUCUUGUCUACCACUCUCUUAUCAACUCACCUGUCGGUUAUACGAGAUAUCGAGGGAUGGCCAGAUAAUCCACCCAAAUUGAUCUACAGGGAGUAUGGAGACGCUCUCUCGGAUCCCCGAGACCACUGUGAUGCAGAAGUCAUCCUGACACCGGAUACUGGGCUUAUUCUGACGACCCCUCAGGAGUUGAGCCAGCGGUAUCUUCCAGGGCAUGGUCCAAAAGAUCCAAGACUCAAUGGAAUCCAGGGAAUGAACUCCCCGCUCAGGGAAAAGAUUUUCCGCCUCAUGCAUCGCUAUGCGCUUCUGGUUGUUCUCAUCUGCGACCCUGACGGUGACAGCACGGACGUCAGCAGCGAUGUGAUUCUGGCCGAGAUACGGGAACGCAGGUCGCUUGCUCAAUUCUGUGACAGCUACUUUGAGGAAUUGGCAACAACAUUGCUGGUACCGAUCCCGAACCACUCGGCAUCCAUUGUAUUGUGGUGUUUCGGUAUGGGAAGGCUUCGAUACGAAUUACUCCCCACUGAAGUCAUGGAAAACAUCACUGAAGAGGAGUCAGAAUAUGAAAUUGCUCUGCGUGACCUAGGCAUUAAUCCUUUCGCGGCGCGCCUCAUUUUGGAUAACAUUCGCGUUGGUGGUUUCAACCAAAUUCCUGGGUUCAACCUCUACCCACUCCCCCUGCCCUCUCAUGAGACAGUUGCCAAUGUCAGCACAGAUUCAAGGGCCUUCGACGCAUUUAUGAACAUGUCACCCAUGGAGCGGGAUAUGGAAUAUGGGUCUUUUGUAGGCGAGGGGGUGAUGAACAGGGUUUCGGAAAUGAUUGAAUCAAUGGCGCACUCGGGCUCCAAUGAGACUGAGACCGCGAGUGAGGAUACUUACAGUACACAGAUCAGCCUUGAGUAG